AUGGGGAUCGGCUUGGAUAAGCUGCGCCCCAACAAGUCGCCGUUCCACGGCGUUGCGCCGGGGAAGCGAGUCCAACCCCUCGGUCAGAUCGAUCUGCCCGUCUGCUUUGGCACUUUGGCCAACUUCCGCAAGGAGGUACUCAUCUUCGAGGUGGUGGGGUUCAAGGGAGCGUACCACAUCAUUCUGGGGAGUCCGUACUACGCCAAGUUCAUGGCGAUUCCCAACUACACUUACCUCAAGAUGAAGAUGUCGGGUCCGAAGGGCGUCAUCACAGUCGGCCCCUCAUUCGACCACGCCUACGAGUGCGACGUCGAGUGCAUCGAGCACGCCGAGGCGCUGGCUGUGGACGAGGCCCUCGCCGCGAACAUGGAGAAGAUGGCGAACGAAGCCAUGGACUCCACGCAAUGGCACGCGGGCAGCUUCAAGUCUGCCGAGGGUGCCAAGGACGUACCCCUCGACCCAAACACCCCCGACGGCAAGGUGUUGAAGAUCAGCGCUACCCUCGACGACAAAUAG